UUCACCCCCAGUGCUCCAGUACUCUUUAAACUUCCACAUAAUUAUAGACCAUGGCUUGUUCUGUUUUGCCCGAAAAUCUACUCUCCGUUCGGCAAAAGAUGAUCGACGAGCUCAUUCAAGGUCGUGAAAUCGCCAACCAACUCCGAACUGUACUUUUCGAGUCUGUUUUUGGUGAUGAUUGGUCUGUAGUAAUUUCUGCAGAAUACUUGGUUUCGAGGAUCAUGGAGUCAUUUACGAAUACCCUUUUCAUGUUGAAUCAAAACGACGUCCCUAAUGAGGUCGUCGUUUCUCAGAUUCAGCGCACCAGUUCUCGUGUCGAUUCCCCGUGUUUCGAUGGUCAAAAAUCUGAAGAUUUCGCGAAAAGUUGCUGGACUAGUGUUUCCACAACUUUGAAACAUACCAGCGGUUGCUGCAAGAGAAGGAAGACUGUCUUCACAUGGCAAAGAGAAACUUCAACCCUGAUGGAUGAUGGGCAUGCAUGGAGAAAGUAUGGACAAAAAAUGAUUCUUAAAGGCAAACAUCCAAGACACUACUAUAGGUGCACUCACAAGAAUGAUCAAGGAUGCCAAGCAACCAAACAAGUCCAGAAAAUUCAAGACAAUCCUCCAAUCUUCAGGACAAAAUAUUAUGGGCACCACAGAUGUGGAAACCUCCUUAGAGCUUCUGAACUCGACUUUGAUUCUACUAGUCCUAACCAAGACUCUUCUCUACUUCUUAGCUUCAAAAAUGCCAAUCUCAAUAACCUAACAUCCAACCAAGCACACUCUUUCUUCUCUGCAUUUACAAAACAUGUGGAAUUGAAGGAUCACAUGGUACCUUCAUGCGAUAACAACAUGAUAGUAGACGGCCAUAUCAAUAACCAAGCAUCCUCGGAUUAUAUUGUCACAUCGGCCAAUGAAUUUCAUUACCAUCAUCGUGAUCAUGAUGAUAUUGAUGACCUGACGGCGUUUGAUUAUCAAUCUCCCGGGAACAUGGCGGUGUUGUCACCAAAUUUGGACUUUGGUAUUGAAGGGGAUCUGAUGCCCUUUGACACCCUUUGACGAUGACGAUGCC